UUAGGAGUUUUGUUUCCUCGUUUUUAUUUGUUUGCAUGCAUUACUAAUCAUGUGUGAGUCAGAGGAAGGGAGUGAGUUUGCCUACAUAAUGAAGUUGAUAGAAAAAGGCAAGGUUACCAUUAAGAAUAUUGAACGAGAGCUCAUCUGCCCAGCAUGCAAGGAGUUAUUUACCCAUCCACUGAUCCUCCCUUGUCAGCACAGUAUCUGUCACAAAUGUGUAAAAGAAAUUCUCUUCUUCACACUUGAAGACUCUUUCACUGAUCUAGGCUCUGAAUCCUCCAGUCAAAGUAGCCCUCGUAUUCGAAUCCAUUCUCCUAGUUUGGAUAGAAUUGACAGGGUUAAUAGAUCAGGACUUGCCAUCUAUACAGGCUGGAAACGCAAUUCACUGACUCCUAAGACGACCAUUUUUCCUUGUCCUGGCUGCCGGCAUGAUGUGGAUCUGGGAGAACGUGGCAUCAAUGGCUUAUUUCGAAAUUUCACCCUGGAAACUAUUGUGGAAAGAUACAGGCAGGCAGCCAGGGCAGCCACUGCUAUUAUGUGUGAUGCCUGCAAACCUCCACCUCAAGAAUCUACAAAGAGUUGCAUGGACUGCAGUGCAAGCUAUUGCAACGAAUGCUUCAAAAUACAUCAUCCUUGGGGAACUGUAAAAGCCCAGCAUGAGUAUGUAGGACCAACUACUAACUUCAGGCCCAAGAUCUUGAUGUGUCCAGAACAUGAAAUGGAGAGGGUAAACAUGUACUGUGAAAUUUGCAGAAGGCCUGUGUGUCAUCUUUGUAAAUUGGGUGGGUCUCAUGCAAAUCAUAGAGUAACAACCAUGAGCACUGCCUACAAAACUCUCAAGGAAAAACUUUCAAAGGACAUAGAAUACCUCAUUAGUAAGGAGAGCCAGGUGAAAGGUCAAAUUUCUGAACUGGGUCUUUUAAUGAAAGAAACAGAGUGCAAUGGUGAGAGGGCUAAAGAAGAAGCAUCUAAUAACUUUGACAAGCUGUUUGAUGUUUUGGAAGAGAGGAGAUCAGCUGCUCUGAGGGCAAUUGAGGCGUCCAAGAACUUAAGACUAGAGAAACUCCAAACCCAAAUAGAGGAAUAUCAAGGACUUCUGGAAAACAAUGGUCUUGUGGGAUAUGCUCAAGAAGUGCUUAAAGAAACAGACCAAUCUUGCUUUGUUCAAACAGCAAAACAGCUCCAUGUUAGAAUUCAAAAAGCUACUGAAUCUCUGAAGAGUUUCAGGCCAGCGGCUCAAACUUCUUUUGAAGAUUAUGUGGUUGAUAUAACAAAGCAAGAAGAGGUUCUUGGAGAUUUGUCCUUUUACUCCAGUGGUCUAGAUGUACCAGAGAUCAAUGAGGAGAAGAGCAGAAUGUAUAAUAAAGCUUUGAUCUGUUGGGAACAUCUAGUGAAGGAAGAUUCAGCUGAUACCUAUAUCCUUGAAUACCGUAAACUUAAUAGAGAAGAGGAGAAUGCAACAUGGCAAGAGAUUGAAGCCUGCAGCAAGAGUAAAGUAAUCUCUGACCUUGAAAAUAACAGCAGCUAUGCCUUUAGAGUCCGAGGAUAUAAAGGAUCUAUCUGUAGCCCCUGGAGCAGGGAAGUUAUUUUACACACACCUGCAGCUCCAGUCUUUAGUUUUCUUUUUGAUGAUAAAUGUGGCUACAACAGUGAACGUCUCAUGCUGAAUCCAAGGAGAACCUCUGUGGAAAGUAGGGCUGGAUUUCCUUUGCUGCUAGGGGCUGAACGUAUCCAAGUGGGGUGUUACACAACUCUGGACUACAUCAUUGGAGACACUGGAAUCACAAAAGGGAAGCACUUUUGGGCUUUUCAUGUGGAAUCUUAUUCAUACUUGGUGAAAGUGGGAGUUGCAUCUAACACUAAACUACAAGAAUGGCUCCAUAAUCCCCGUGAUGUAACCAGCCCAAGAUAUGAACAAGACAGCGGUCAUGACAGUGGGAGUGAAGAUACCUGCUUUGACUCAUCACAGCCUUUCACAUUGAUUACUUUAGGCAUGAAUAAAUUCUUUAUUCCCAAGGCACCUACUGCUCCCAAAGAUUCUGCAAAUAGAAUUCUUCCAAUGCCAUCUUGUAUAGGAAUCUGCCUUGACUGUGACAGAGGCAAAGUUGGAUUCUAUGAUGCAGACCACAUGAAAUGCCUCUAUGAGCGCCAGGUAGACUGCUCUGGUACAAUGUAUCCAGCAUUUGCAUUAAUGGGGAGUGCAGGAAUUCAUCUUGAGGAAGCCAUCACAGCAAAGUAUUUGGAAUACCAAGAUGAUAUGUAGUGCAAAUAUCUACUGGUACUGUUUUUGAGAUGAAAAAUGUGAGCAGAAGGAUCUGCCUUAGCAUUAAGUCUUGAUUAAUUACAUCAUAUCUCCUAAGUGCUUUUGCUGCACUCAUGCUUUUGGGUCAUUUUUUAAUCAUAGAAACAAAAAUUGUUGUCCAA